CGCGCCGAUUGAAGAAUAUCAACAUACUCCCAUGCUGCUGCCCGAGAUCGAGGCCCUCGCGGCUCUGGCUCGCUCCUCCUCAUCCUCCGCCGCCACUUGUUCUCAACAACCGACGCGCCUAUCUUCCGAGGAUCAAGCAGUGGCUGCCUCUCAUGAAAAUAACUAUGCAAUGGCUACAAUCUCGCAUAGAGAUGCAACCACAAAACUAGGCAGUAAUCGGUUGAAUUCUGCUACCACGAUAAGGAGAAAUUUGACAGAGGCUGAAAAGGAAGUACAAAGGCUUCGUCGAAUAUUAGCUAAUAGAGAAUCUGCCCGGCAGACAGUUCCUCGCAGACGGGCUAUGCACACGGAGUUGACAAGGCAAGUAGUUGAUCUGUCAGCGGAAAAUGAGAAUUUGAAGAAGAUGAUACAAGAACUGGGCUUCUAACUUUAUGCUCGGAGCCAGUCCACGAGUGAUCCAGAGAGGUACCACGCCUCCACCGCUGGCGGCUUCCCUUCUAGUGUUGCUUUAAACGACCUCUUUUGGUUGGGUUGAGUAAUGUCAAUACGUUGGGGUGACUUUGAUAGAAGACCGUCCUGGGAGGUAACCUUGGCUUUGUAUAUGGAAGGAUAGUUGAGGCCAUCAGCUCCUUUUGCUUGUGGAACGCUGGAGCAACUGUGUUUACCGCUGGCACCAUCUCGUGCAUCUUCAUCAGAGCCUGGCAAUCGUCAGUAGUCGGCCUUCGCAAAUAUGUGUCGCUAUAAGUCUCCACAAAUCCCCUACAAAAUUUCUUCAAGCACUCGUGCCCAGUUGUCUCCCCGACGUGAAGGUAAUCGUCGAAGAUGUCCGCCGUGGUGCCGUAGGCCAACUGCCGAAGCGCAGCCGUGCACUUCUUCAACGGCGUAAGUCCGGGUCUGCCGAUGCCAUCUUCCCGAUACUUGAGUAAGUAUCAUGUGCCUCCAACGUGUGGACAAUGCUGAGAAAAAGAUUUUGCGUCAUCCUAAACCGGCGGUGAAAAACCGUCGGGCCCCACCGUGGUUCCUCCGCAAAAUAGUCUGCGAACAGACGUUGGUGAGCUAUGUCGUACUCGCGGCGGGCAAAGUCCGACGGCGAAUCGUCCUCUGGAUCUGCUCCGCCAGGACCUGCUCCGCCCUUUCACGCUCGCGCUCCAUUUCGGCCAAGCAUUCCGCCGAAGCCUCAUGAAUGCAAUUGAACAAGGCCCGAGUAAUGCCCUCCAAGGUACUCCAAUCGUCGCCGGGUUUCAUUUUUUUUAGUGAGAGAAAGAUUGGUGUGUGGGGAAAAGAUAAUUGAUGAGAGAUGGGAGAGAAAAGUGUGAAAAAAUAGAAUGAAAAGUGGGGUAUAUAUAGAUAAAAGAAAUUAAAAAAUUUUAAAAAACGAAAAACGCUUUGCAUCGUCCGCGGUAUUGCCCGCGUCGCCCGCACUGGGGUGGACGAUACAGCGGACG